AUGGAGGACGAUGCCUUUCAUGACGAUUCUCGACUCAAUACCUGUGUCGUCCUCGGCGGCCGAGGGUUCAUUGGCCGAUCUCUCGUCUCCAGAUUGCUUCGACUCGGAAACUGGACAGUCCGAGUCGCUGAUUCCGCUCCGACUCUCCAUCUCGACGAGUACGAUUCCGACCUCGAGGAUGCUCUCUCCUCCGGCCGCGCUUCUUAUCACUCCGUCGAUGUUCGUGAUAAACCUCAGAUCGUCAAAGUUACUGAGGGUUCCUAUGUGGUAUUUCACAUGGGAGCUGGUGAUUUACGUUCUCAUGAGUACUAUCACUGCUACAAGGUUAUAGUUCAAGGCACGAGAAAUGUGAUUUCUGCUUGUCGUGAGUCUGGAGUCAGAAAACUUAUCUAUAAUAGUACUGCGGAUGUCGUCUUUAAUGGUUCCGAAUCUAUACGUGAUGGUGAUGAAUCUUUGAGACGUCCUUUGAAGUUCCAAUCAAUGUUGACAGACUUCAAAGCUCAAGCGGAAUCGUUGGUCAAAUUUGCUAACAACCGUGAUGGUCUCUUAACUUGUGUACUUCGCCCUAGCAUUGUGUUUGGACCUGGUGACACUGAGUUUGUACCUUUUCUCGUGAAUCUAGCCAAAUCCGGAUAUGCAAAGUUUAGAGUCGGGAACGGUGAAAAUAUGUCUGAUUUCACUUACUCUGACAACGUUGCUCAUGCACAUAUUUGUGCCGUAGAAGCAUUAGAUUCACAUAUGGAAUCUGUGGCUGGAAAGGAAUUUUUUAUCACUAACCUCAAGCCUGUCAAAUUUUGGAACUUUGUCAGCCAGAUAGUUCAAGGUUUGGGAUACCCAAGACCAUCCACUAAACUUCCUGUUCGGCUGGUUUCAUCUGUUUUGUCACUUCUUAAAUGGACACAAGAAAAGGAAGGCGUCGGAGGUUAUUAUGACACAGCUCAUCAGUUUGCUCUGUUAGCUUCCUCAACGAGAACUUUUAAUUGCAAUGCAGCUAAGAAGCAUCUUGGUUACACACCUGUUGUGACACUUGAAGAUGGUAUUGCAUCAACGCUUCAGUGGUUCUCUCGCGAUCUUGAGAAAUCUGAUGAUACAAUCAUUCAAUCUAAAGCAGAUCAGCUUCUUGGUUGUGGAAAAGUUGCAGACAUCUUGCUGUGGAGAAACGAGAAGAAUACAUUUAUAUCUUUCCUUUUCCUCAACCUGUUAUAUUACUGGUUCUUCUUUUCUGGAAACACAUUUACUUCCUCUGCAGCGCAACUUCUGUUUCUGUGUGCUGUUGCUCUCUAUGGACUCGCUUUUGUGCCGUCAAACAUCUUUGGGUUUCAAGUCAGGAAAAUACCCCCGUGGAGGUUUGAAAUCUCGGAGUCCACAGUGAGAGAUCUUAGCAGAGAUAUCGUAGUUGCAUGGAACCACGGAGUUCGCAGUUUUAAAUCCUUAAGCAGAGGAGGAGACUGGAUCAAGUUCUUCAAGAUCGCAGGAUCACUAUAUCUCCUCAAACUGAUCAUAUCCCAUUCCUUGGCAACAUUUCUUUUCACAGCGAUGUCCUUCUCGUUCACCGCUUUUUUCGUCUAUGAGCAAUACGAGCUUGAGCUCUAUCACCUAGCCAGGGUCUUCAUAGAAUGCUUAACAGUUGUGAAAGGGACGGUGCUGAAGAAUCUGCCUCUUCCUGAUGCUUCAUCUAAACCAAUGUUCAUGUGA